CAUUGCUUUGGAAUGCCAGCAAUUCAUAAGCAGCCAGAAGGAUCAGCAAAAAAAACAGAGUACACUCAAUGCCUUGUGCCCCAGACUGAAGGAUCUGUGGAUUCUUAAUGCCACAGUCCCCAGACUCCAAAAAAUAAUGAGAUGUGGCUCUGACCAGUGGCCCUGUGUCAGGAGUGUAUUCAUAUACUUUGAGAAAUACGACAUUUCCAAUGUUUUGGAUAUCAUCGACAGCAAUGAAUAUAUGCAAGCUACAUCUGCAUUUGCAGAAUACAUGGUCAAGGCAAUUCCCAAUGUCAAUAAAUUGGACAUGCAGUUCUCUAAUGACAGUGACAAGCAUAUAGAGCAAUUUUGCAGCAUUAUUUCCAACAGCUAUGCUCACCGGCUAAUAAGCUACAGUUGCACUGUUCCAGUUGUAUGGACAGCCAAUGCAUUUUCACCUGAGCUUAGGAACCUGAGUGUUAAUUUGGGUGUAAAUAGAAAACAGGCCCUGCCAAAAAUCAAUGCAGCAAAUAUUGAGUCAAUUGAACUGAAUGGGGAUAUUAGUGGGGUUUCAUGGAAGAGCUUUACAAGCAAUAGUGGUGAUUCAGCAAGUAUUACUUUCAGCAACUUGAAAAAAUUGAGUGUGCACCACUCCAACAUAGAAGAUGAACCCAUGCUAGCAGACAAAAAUGAUUCUGAAACAAGCAAUAAAGAAUAUUUUGCACUGUGCAUGCCCAAACUAAAUGACAUUACUCUUCAUGGAAUUGGUAACAACUUUGGGCUUUUGAAUGCUUCUAUCGAGUUCAGGCACUUGAAGAAUGCAUAUAUUUGUGGAUCGCACAGCAUGCUUAAUUUAUUGGGCAAUACAAGGAAGGCGUGUAUUGACGGAUGCAUGGUUGAUAUAAGGCUAGAUUCUGAUGCUGAUUUGGACGCGUUUUAUGAGGCAACAAACGCAUUUUUUGGAAGCUCAACCAAAAUAAGCCAUGCAGAUCUGAGCCUCUCUAUAAAGAUGGGCAUAAACAUAUGUUCACAUAAUUGUGAUCAUCAGCACAUUAUAUGGAGUGGCAUUCAUAUGUUUAGAGCAUACAAUUCGUUUAAGCUUGGUGCAGUUGUGGAUAUACUGACUAGAGUGCCCAAACUGACCAAGUUGGAAGUGCCUGCUAUUUUGUAUGAUGAGACCUUUGAGCUCAGACUUGACCAAGUCAAACCAAUAUCUACCAACAUCAACGAGUUAUACUUGCAUACCUCAAUCGAUGGUAAUCGCAAAGGAGCAGAAUUUGAUAGUAUCAAAUACUUGAUAUUGGCUGCUCCAUCAUUAAAGAAAUUCAAGAUUUCAAUGGAUGAGGACUUUGAUCACAUGUCAUUUGUCGAGGAGUACAAGGACUUGCAUCCACAUGUGGCAAACAUUACUUGGAGGUAAUUGUAGAAAUACAAUAAUUAACAAAUAAG